GGCCGCCCUCACAAGGCCCAGGCCGCCUCCUUCCCACAAGGCCCAGCAGGGCCGCCCUCACACCUGCCCCGCCCUGCCCUGUCCCGCCCGGCCCCACCCUGCACCGUGGCCUCUGUCACACCCCACGCUGACGUGCUGAGCCUUCCACCAGCCAUUGUGACGCCACAGGCGCCAGUCGGGCACGGCUUUGUUGGUGCCCGCAGCCGGCGCUCAGAGCUGCUGUAGCCUCUCGAGGAGCAGCAGCACCUCCCGCUCUGGGAGCAUUGCGCGCCUGCAUCGCCGUCUUGGCAGCUGCAGGACACGAACACUGCGCAGGGCAACCUCGUUUGCCUUGUGCUUCAUACCCUGUGCCCGUCCUUAUUCUCGUCCCCUUUGUCACCCUCCCCCUAAACCUCGCCCUCGUCCCAAUUCCUCAUCCCCACUUGGCUCCCGGCAGCCCGCCGGGGGCUUUUGCCCUUCCUGCUGCUGGGAGCUCCAAGCAGGGCCAUGCCGUGGCUUCUCAGCAAGAAGCGACGGCAGUCGCCCUCCAGCAGCCCCAGUGGGCAGCCCUGGGCUGCCAGCAGCUCCAGCAGCACCUCCCAGCUCCGGGAGCAGGGGCUGGGCAGGCUGCACCGCGCGGCCGCCCGCGGUGACCUGGGCUGGCUGAGGCGCUGGCGCUGGUACCUGAAGGUCGUCGGCAUCGACAGGCCAGACCAGGAGAUGCGGACACCUCUGCAUCUGGCUUCAGCCAAUGGCCAUGCAGAUGUCAUCAGAUAUCUGCUAAGAAAGAACAGCCAGCCCAACCUCCCUGACAGCUUCAAGAGAACGGCCCUGAUGAAGGCAGUCCAGCAGGAGCAGGAGGAAUGUGUUGCUGUUCUGCUGGAACACGGUGCCGACCCCAAUCUGGCAGACGCUGAUGGCAACACUGCCCUUCACCUGGCUGUCCUCUCUAAAAACACAGCUGUAGCAGGGCUGUUACUGGAGCAUCAUGCCAAGAGUGAUGCUCAGAACCAGUGGGGAUUUACCCCCUUCCAACUUGCAGCCUUCCAACAGCAUGAGGAGAUUCUGGAGUGCCUCGUGAAAAAAGCAGCUGACAGGCCUGCUCAAACCCAGGGGGAAAGGUGAGGGCUUUGUCAAAACAGCACCCGGGUGUUCUGGGUAGUCUGCAAGUGUGACCCAGACGAGGGGUGUGGCAAUGAGCUGGGAAAAAGAAGGAGCAGCCCCGUGGAAGCAGUUCCCCGUGGGACUGGUAAAUGCAGGUCUGCACUUGGCUGCUCUCGUACCUCAGGGGCUCUCGUCCUUUGCCCGCUGAGGUCUGCAAGAAAGCCUUGUCUGUGGUGCCCUCCCCCCACACAGACCCAGAGCCACGGGGAAACUUGCCAGGAGCUCAGCAGCGUGGCUGCUCUGCAGACCAGGGGGGUUUAAGGCAAGGCAGAGUUGGUGCGUUAAGUGCUCUGAAGGGAAGCGUUGGGGGAAAGAGAAGCAACACUGUCCCAGGGGGCACGAGGGGCUCUGAGAGCACAGAAGGAGAAAACUUCCUGCCAUGGAGAUGGUCAGGGGUCGAAGGGCUUGCCCUGGGAGUUUGUGCAGCCACAUCUGGGGGGACUUUGAAGAGCAGUGCAAGGAGCCCUGAACAGCAUGGCCUGAGCUGGUAGUUGAGGCUGCUUUAGGGAG